UUCUUUCUAAGUGUCGCAGUUUGUCGCUGAAACUAGCGUUGUGGCGAGUUAAGCGGGUUUGUAUCCGAGAGCGUUGAGGUUCGUGGCAGGACCAAUAAGUUUUCUGUUCUAUUCGAGUUAUUUCAAAAUGUAGCACCAUGAAGUACCAGCAGUGCGUAAUUGAUCUCGCGAUCGUGCUGGUUACAAUUCCAUCAUUAGUCGCUGUAGCGCUGCUGUUGGACUACACGAUGAACCAAAACGAUUGGUCGGAUGAAUUUGGGACUCAGCUCAUAGUAUUGGGUCUUGCUGCGGCUCUGUUUGUGAUUUGUAUCAUGAUAACAUUAUAUCUAACGCAUCGAAUUGGAACCUGCAUGUGGGCUGGGCCGCUGCACGUAAAUGAAGUAUCGAUAUUUACCGUGCAGCAGGACAUAGAGCGAGCCUGCCCACCACCGGAUUACGAUACUACUCUUCUAUCUCCGCCAUCGUAUGAGAAACUGGACAAGUACCUAUUAAUCGAUGAACCUCCACCAUCGUACGCAGCAUCAGUAGCGUCCUUGGAGGGGGCACAUAUCUGAUAAAGCACGUAGAUCUUUGGCCGAUAUUGUAUUUCAUCGGGUCGAUGAAACUGUAUUCAAAUUAGUGACGUAAUGCGAGAUCUAGCGAGAUAAUAAAAGCGAUUGUUUACGCUCUGCU